GGUGACGCGGAGUAAAGGCACGGUCAAAGACUCGUUGCAAAUAGCCUGUUCUGAUACCAUGUUAAAGUCUGCGGGCAUCCAACUCAAAAACAAUUGGCUUUGAGUGGAGAGGCCCUAAAGGAUUAUAAACUGCAGGAUCUUAGAUGCCUAAACAAUGUGGACUAAUAAUCUCAACAUGUUUCCUUGUUAUGCGGAGCUUGUCUGUCCGUACUUGAAAACUUGUUGCGUCAAAUUCCCUUGUGUGCUACUAUAUACACUGUGUUCUUGAUGCAGUACUCCUACGAUAUUUCCUCAGGACUCUUAAGCUCACUACUCAUAGUUGUAAUCUCUCGUCCUUGAUCUCUAUAUAUCAUCUUAUUUUCAUUUAGUAUGCAAUUUUAUACACAAACUAAUUAUCUCUAUGGUGUUUGUUUGUGGAUACGCGGAGGAGGACGUGGAUAAGCAGGCAUAAACUUUGAAGGUCAGUUGCAACCGAUGCUUCCCGCAAGCUGAAACUUGAAAGCUAAGCAGGGAGAGAAGAUAUCUACGAAGGCUCUUGUUUCUGCUGAGCCUUUGCAAGGAGUUGCUACCGAGGGCUUUGCCGACAGCACUGUUGUAAGUCUUGCAACUGCGGCUCCUUCUUAUGGAUGCAAAUUCCAUGUGGUUGUUCCAGAUGCUGCUGCUAUGGAGAAGAGGCUUGAGAUGUAAUCAUUGAUAUUGUCAUUGGAGUCGUGAGUGCAAUACUUUUCCCUCUUGCUGAUUGCAGUAGAUAUAAUGCCAACACAUAUUUAUGUGAACAUUCAUAAGCAAGCUGCUGAAUGCAGAUUGCCAAGGAUACACACAACACCAUUCAUUCAGGAAACUGACCGAAAACAGGAAACCCACAAUUUUCUUUCCAACAAGUCAGUCAGGUAUAUAAAGGAAUGUCUGAGUGGUUUUGGAGCUAGAAGAAAGGAGAUGGCCGACUAUAAUCCUAUAAACAGUCUUCCUACAGAAAUCACAUUGAGCAUAUUUUCUAGGUUACCGGGUGAGUCGGUAUUAGAUUGUAAACUUGUAUGCAGAGCUUGGAGAAAUUUCUUACAGUUUCAUGUUAAUACUCCUUACUUUGUGUAUCAGCAUCUGCAGAGACAACGUGGUUAUGUUCCUCAUGGACUAGUACAGCAGCAGCAGCAGCAGCAUAAGCCGUCUGAUUCUGAGACGAUGAGUUUCGUGGCCUUUGACAGACACACCCAAGUUUUCUGGUAUUUGGAGUACCACGAUAACGGUGAUAGAAUUAGUGACAAGCGGACUAAUAACUACCGGAUAAAGACAAUCAAUAUGAAAUUUCCGGCAGACAGGUGUGUAAAACGAAUACAGGGACUAGUUGGUUCAGAUAAUGGAUUGAUUUGCUUAUCACUCAAGUUGCCGCCCGAAUACAGUGUCAUCCCUGCAUACCAGAAUAAGGUGGCACACAGUCCCAAUGAAACUUUAUGCAUCUGUAAUCCCAUCACUAGAGAAUUCGUGACUCUUCCAGGGAUACUGAUCGACAAGAAAAGAAGCGUUGAUGAUGGUGUUCACAUUGUGCAUGGAUUCGGGUACCACCCUUUAACUAAUGAGUAUAAGGUCGUUAGAAUUUGUUAUGUAGGAGACCGGAAAUCAAAAUCACCCUCCUACAGAGGACAGGCAGAGGUAUAUACAAUUGGAAGUGGCUGCGGUUGGAUAAGUGUGGCAGAAACCAACUUAAGGCCGAGGUAUAUUGGAGAUCCUACAGGUGUGUGUGUUAAUGGGGCUCUUCAUUGGAUCUGUGAUGAUUCCGCGAAUAUUAUGGUCUUUGAUUUGGCGACUGAGAAGUUCCACUUUCUCAGUGCCCCAACUGAGCAGAUACAUGACGCAAGAAGAAUCUAUGUUAUGAGAGGGUGUUUGUGUUAUGUAUGCUAUGACCCCACUGAUAAACUGCUGCGAUUGUAUUUUUUAAAGAAGUAUUACAAGUCAUGGAGUUGGAAGAGAGAGUUCACGAUACCAUUAGAAAUGCUACACCACAUAAGAUUUUUUAUGUUUUCCAUUACAAAGAUGGGUGAAAUUUUACUGAUAAACAAUGGUCGAGAUCAAGUCCUUGGUUAUCCUAGCCAGAGAACAGAAAUAUCACAAAAGGGUUUCAAGUUGGAUGCAACAACGGAUUUGAGGGUACCGCUACCAUACAUCAAAACCUUUGUCUCUUUGGAAGCAUUAGGAGAAACAAAUGUAAAGAAAAUUGCAUUAGAAAGAUCGAUGUGCAAAGACAAGCAAGAGUCAUUUGACGUCGACAGACCAGUAUCGCCUGCAGGCCUCCUGAGGCAGACAAAGAAACCGCGCAAGUCUAAAGAUACAGAUUAAGCAGGGGGCAGCUAAAGUUUGAGUUAUUUGAUCUGGAGUACACCGGACAUAUUUAACUUUUCAUCGCAGUUACUGUCGAUUUUAAUUAGGUGUGCCAUCUUGAUGAAACGGUUAGGUUAUA